UAUUUUACCCAUUUUUCAGCGUGACAUGUGAGAAAUUAUCUGAUUAUCACAACUUUUUCUGUUUUUCAGUUCUUGGUGGGAAGACGUUUUUAACCAACGAUUGCUGCUUGUGAAUUCGAUGCAUGAAAAGGGUGAUCGGCAAUUAUUUCUCUGCGUUCUGAAGCUCCAUAACUGAUUUGUACGAUGGAUUAAAUUUCAUGUCGAACCAUCUGAUUGAAGCUGGAGAACUGAAAAAUUUGCAGUUUGCAGGUGUUAUGCUUGUGCAGAUGGCAUCGAAACAUAACAUCAUCGAAAUUUGACAAUCAGACUUUGAUUACAAUUGUUGCAAUGUCUAAAAUGAACGAUCCUACUGAACAGAAUAAAUUCCGUUUUGCCAUUGAUCGCGGUGGAACUUUCACAGACGUUUUUGCGUUAUGCCCGAAUAAGAAGGUGCGAGUGAUGAAGCUGCUGUCCGAAGAUCCCAGCUAUGCGGAUGCCCCCCGCGAAGCUAUUCGACGCAUUCUGGAAGAGGAAACCGGCACCCUCCAUCCGCGCGAGCCGGUGGACACCUCGCGCAUCGCCUGGAUCCGCAUGGGCACCACGGUGGCCACCAACGCCCUCCUGGAGCGCAAAGGCGAACCCAUGGCCCUGGUGAUCACCCAGGGCUUCCGGGAUCUCCUGGAGAUCGGCACGCAGCAGCGUCCCCGCAUCUUCGACCUGUCCAUCGCUCGUCCGGAGCUCCUGUACAAGGAGAUCAUCGAAGUACAGGAGCGCGUCAUCAUGCAGCGCGACGACGACCGCCUGCCGAAACCCAAGAAACUGGUGACCGUCCAGGGCGUCUCCGGGGACACCUUCGAAGUGUUGACACCGAUUAACUGGCCGAAGUUGGAGGAGCAGUUGAAGGCGGUGCUGGCCAAGGGGAUCAAGAGUCUGGCCGUGGUGCUGAUGCAUGCGUAUACACUGCAGCAGCACGAGAAGAAGAUUGCGGAUUGUGCGCGGCAUCUGGGCUUCACGAAUGUCAGUCUGUCGCACGAGGUCAUGCCCAUGAUCCGCAUUGUGCCGCGCGGACAGACGGUGUGCGCUGAUGCCUACCUGACGCCGUGUAUUCAGCGGUAUCUGCAGAGUUUUGCCGGCGGGUUUAAGGAUAAUUUGAAAGGGGUGCAUGUGCUGUUUAUGCGGUCGGAUGGGGGAUUGACGCCUAUGGAGAAUUUUAUCGGAUCACAGGCUAUCGUUUCCGGUCCAGCGGGUGGAGUGGUGGGCUUUGCGUCCACGGGUUACGAUGCCAUGGAGAAGAAACCGCUGAUUGGCUACGAUAUGGGCGGCACCAGUACAGAUGUCAGCCGUUACGCGGGGGAUUACGAUCAUACAUUCGAGAGCAGUGUGUCCGGCAUCAGUAUCCAGACACCGCAGUUGGACAUCAACACGGUGGCCGCCGGAGGUGGUUCGCAGCUGUUCUUCCGGUCCGGUCUGUUCGUUGUCGGACCGGAUUCUGCUGGUGCCAAUCCUGGACCAGCGUGCUAUAAACGUGGUGGCCCACUGACGAUUACCGAUGCUAACGCUGUCCUUGGUCGGCUGCUUCCCGAAUAUUUUCCGCAUAUUUUUGGAGAGAAACGCAACGAGCCGUUGGACAUUUGCUCACGACAAUCGUUUGAAGAAUUGGCCAAAACCGUUAGCCAGUUCACAUCGCAGCAGGGAAAGCAAGAAUCACGGUCAGUGGAAGAAAUCGCGGAAGGCUUCGUGGCCGUCGCCAACGAAGCCAUGUCCCGUCCGAUCCGCAACCUCACCCAAGCGCGCGGCUUCGACCCCUCUAACCACGUCCUCUCGUGUUUCGGCGGCGCCGGUGGUCAGCACGCCUGUGAUGAGGCCCGUUCCUUGGGCAUCAGUCGCGUUUUCGUCCACAAAUACAGCAGUAUUUUAUCGGCGUACGGGAUGGCGCUGGCCGAUGUGGUCAGCGAUGAAACGGAGCCCUACGGGCAGGCCUUCACCCAGGAGAACUUUGCGGAGAUCACCAAGCGCGUCGAUAAACUGAAGGUAUCCUGCAAAGAAAAGAUUCGGAAAUUUUUGGGAUUAAUCAAAGAGUACACACUUCCGGUGGUGCAAGCCUACAUGCAGUAUAUUCAGAGUCAAGCCGAAAACGCGGUUCGCGAUCUGCUGCGGCAAGUGGCACAGCAGGCCGAGAAGGACACCGGCUCCACUCGUUUAUACGCUGAAGACCGCAUGGAUGACGGCAGCGCCAUCCGGCUGACUAUUAGCAUUGAUAAGGAUUCCGGGCAGUCGGAGUGGAAUUUCGAGGGCACCUCGCCGCAUGUGUGGGGCAAUCUGAACGCCCCGCGCGCCAUCACCCUGUCGGCCAUUAUCUACACGCUGCGCUGUAUGGUGGAAUACGAGAUCCCGCUGAAUCAGGGAUGUCUGCAGCCGGUGAAGAUCGUUAUUCCCAAGCAUUCUCUGCUGGAUCCCCAUGAAAAUGCGGCUGUUGUCGGCGGAAAUGUGCUAACGUCGCAGCGUGUGGUGGACGUGAUCCUGAAAGCCUUCCAGAAGUGCGCCGCCUCUCAAGGCUGUAUGAACAACAUCACCUUCGGCAACGAGAAAUUCGGGUAUUACGAGACGGUGGCCGGCGGAGCGGGUGCGGGACCCACGUGGCACGGAGCCUCCGGCAAGCACACCCACAUGACCAACACCCGCAUCACGGAUCCAGAGAUCCUGGAGAAGCGCUACCCGAUUCUGCUGCGCACCUUCUGCUUGAAUAAGGAGACGGGUGGAAAAGGGCAGUUUAACGGCGGCGACGGAGUGGUACGGGAGCUGGUGUUCCGGGCGGAUAUGACCUUGUCCAUCUUAUCGGAGAGGAGAGUCUUCCAGCCUUACGGACUGAAAGGCGGCGAGCCAGGAGCUUCCGGUCAGAACAUCCUGGAGCGCGUUGAAGGCUACACGGUGAAUAUUGGCGCGAAGAAUUCCGUUCCGGUUCAGCCUGGCGACUGUUUCCGUUUGCUGACGCCCGGGGGCGGUGGGUACGGCUGCGAGAAAUAAUGCUGUUUAUGGAGUCUUUUAGUGAUGUCAAAUUUUCUCCAAUUUUCAAGUGCCGUUAACUUUGCUUAGAUGUUUUGGGUGAGUUUGUACUGGUUCUGCUGAUUUUCUCCUGUCAACUGAUUCUUCGCCGGUGAUUUGUGAUGCUUUAUACAAAUUUUGUAAUUACCUCCACUUAUUUAAUUAAAUAAAGUUGUGAUGAUUGAUGACGCAUGGAUUUUUCUGAUUGAAUUUAGUAAUUCUCCUACAGAUGUUUAUAAUAAAUCUUUGAUAUUUUCUACAGACUGUACUUCAUGUAAAAUAAUUUUUACAUAUGGAUAGCGAACUUAUCCGCGCUAAUGCGCUCUUGUGCGUAGUACGUAUGAGUGUUCUUUUCUUUUUGUAACUGUUUCUAAGCAAUUUUCACAAUGAAAAUUCACAAUAACGAAAGCGUUCAAGUUUAGCCAAAGAAACAACUUACAUGUGCUGAAGAAGUGUUUACUGUUUUAUCCAAUCUUUUACUAAUUUUUGACUGGACGUACUAACGUGAUCUGACCCCUUUGUCCUAGUUGUACUACUGCCAUUGGAUAUUUUUUCUUAAUCUGCGCUACUACAAACCUUCGGCCUGUUUGCAAAAUGCGUCACAGUAUUGUUGACCUUUGUGUGCUCCUGAUUAUGGCAAGCACCGUGACUGGAUACUUUGGCGAUGGGAACAUCUUUACGGAUCUCGUGCACAGAGGUGAUCAGGUAAUGUGGCUGGAGCAGUUCUGUGGCUUUUCCCCCAUCGAUCACGCAUACGAGGACACUUACGACAGUUUCGUGCUCAGCCUGAAAGCGGAACGCAUGAGUAUAUGGUCACAGAUACAUCCCAAUAUUUACAAUCUGUGUGACUGGUGAUGUCUGGCUUAAAAAUGUUGCUGCUCGUCCUUGUUCUUAGUUGAUACAUGUUAAACCUUAAGCAACAAAACAGCAGUGUUUAGUAACUUUCUAACAAGUUUUUGUACUUUGUUAUGAUCGUCAACCUUGAGCGAAAUAAAUAUUAACGAAACAGA